AGAAAGUAAAUGAGUUAAGUUGAAGUUUGUAAACCCAUCCAGGCAGUACUUGUGGUUUGUUUGACUAAACCCUAGGAGUAGGAGCCGCUUUUUGGUUGCGACUUGGGAGGAAGAAGAAGAAGAAGAUGUCUGCAACUGCAAGUUCAACUUUGCUAGGCAUGCCGGGGCCAUGGGCUUACGAUUAUCACGAGCCAUCUGAUCCCUAUACAACUAAAAUUGGAGGACUCCCUGACUGGCCCCUUCCCAUAAACACCGAUUUGCUUCGCUGCGCCGAGUGCGCCGGCCAACUAUGUCUGGUGGCGCAGGUUUACGCUCCCCUUUCUCACCACCGGACUCUCUUCGUUCUCGGUUGCGUCUCGCCCAAUUGCGGAACCGCUUGGCGCGUUCUUCGACUUCAGAACGUUGCUGACGUGGACACCUCUCAGCAAAAACACGCCGCGUCCGUUGCUGAAGUUCCAAUUGCCACCGUGUCGGACGACGACGACGACGACGCAAUUGACAUGGAUUUCGAACAACUCGGUAAGGCACUCUUCGAAGCCGGGACGCUCGCUUCCAACACCAAGCGCAAGAAACCGCGGAAGAAAUGCCAGAACAAGCUCCCUUCGUCUUCUCCACAUCCAAAAACAACAACAACUAUAGUUCAAAAUGACGUGCCUGUGGUGCCAUGCUUUUAUAUAUAUGCACAGGAAGAGCAGUCUUUGGGGGAUAUUAGUUCUGUAUGUUCUAGUUACUCGUCCCUUUCUAUUAAAGGGAAUGGAAGUGACGUGGAGGAUCCCGAUCCUUCACAGGCUGAAGAAACCUGGGAAAAGGAACAAUAUGAAUACGAUAAAGCUUUGAAUGCCGAUAGGACGUACCUCAAGUUCAAGAAACGAUUGGACGCGUAUCCUGAGCAAUGUUUUAGAUAUUCAUAUGGUGGGAGACCAAUUUUAGCUGCAGCUGAUAAAAUAAACCCCGGCAGUUGCAGUCUCUGUGGCAGACCAAUGCAAUUUGAGAUGCAGCUGAUGCCUCCAUUACUAUACUUUCUUCAGGAAGCACUUGGUGACCAAAGAAAGAUGGUGGAAAAAUGGGAUUGGAUGACCCUUAUUGUAUAUACUUGCUCAGAGAGUUGCUGUGAAGGGAUUGAACAAGCAAAGUCCAAUAACAAGGGCUGGAUUAUAGCAGAGGAGGCAGUUGUAGCUCAAUGUGAGGAACCCUUGGCCGUUCAGCUUGGUGUUGAGGAAGCUAUAGCUUAAUCAAAGAAAAGGAGUUAGCAGUGUGUUACUUAGUAUUGGAAUUGCAUUUACAAAGUAAGAUUUGGUGAGUUGAAAUUGUGUCUGGUGUAUCCAUUUGGACCUUCUAACCUGCUACACAAUACUCCUGGCUUGAGCUAGAGAGCAACAAGAUGGAUGUUGCAUACGCUGCCUUCCCUGGUCUUUCUAAACAAGUUAUGUUCAAUUGUUUAUAAUUUUGAAGCAGGCUUCCGUAGGCUCUCAAAUUGUAGAACAACCAGGUGGAGUCACAUGCCAACACACUCAUAAAUGGUCACAUCAUCACAAAUGUCUCAAUUUAAAUGAUUGCUGGUUUAAGUUGAAGAAUAUUUCUCAUGGAUUCUCCUUCAUGAAUUCAGUGUCUGAUUCAUUUGAAUUGUAAAUGUUAGUUUUUGGUCAUGGGCAUGUAGUCCAUAUUUUAGGUGUUCACAUAAUUUUUAUCAAUUGUUGCAGAUAUAGGAACGAAUUCUUAAUGAAAUUUUUACCUAUGGAAGUUUGCUUUAAAAUCAAAUAAUAUUUGUUGCAGUUAAGUGGUUCUUAUAA